GAUCUACGCAAUAUUCCUAGUGAUGUAUGCAGCUUUGACGUCUUCGGUAGUAUCUGGCUGUGUCGAAACUCCAUGUUAUUUUGAGCGGUGCAAAGAUCGCUAGAAACCUCGACCACCUGCUCGAUUACACUCAAAAUUCUUGGCCACACAUUUUUUCUCUUCUCUUUACAAUGAUUGUCAUCCCCAGCCUUAGUUGUUUUACCACAGCUCGUCGUGAAUUGAUUCUCGGCUUUAGGUCCUUCUGUAGUUUGCAGUCGUAGAUGUUGCGGUCCUGCUGCUUAAAAAUUUUUAGCAAAUGUAGCCGACAAGGACAAGAAGCAGAAGCUAGUAGGGUCACCUUGUCUACUACUGUGCGUGAACAACCUUCGACCUGGAAAUUGUUUUCCUCAAAUCCUUAGUUUUUUUUUGGCCGGGCUAGGGUACUAGUUUUGGACCGGCUGGGUACAACUUGAUAUCCAAAGAAGGAACUUCUCUGGGAAAACAUUCCUUUAUUUUGUCAUUCUGUCAUGGGACCCUCAACCUUUUGAUACUGUUGGACAACGGACAGCCAAAAAAUUUGUGGGUUGUUCUGCAACGAGAAAUAUUAAAUCGGACCAUAACUGAAUUUAUCGAUUUUCCCGCCUCCCACUCAAUUAUCAUCCCCCGCUUGUCCUAAAAACAAAAAAGAAAAACAUGGAAGUCGCAAAGAAGCAACACCCCUCCGCGCCCUCCACACUAGUCUGCCGGUCCGCGGAAUUGGAGUGCCACCGGUGCGGGGAGCACGUGGACCCGAAAAUUGCGGUGACGUGCGAGAGAUGCGGCGACGUGUACCACCCCACGUGCUGCUUCCCGAGCCUCGUCAACUUCUCCGAGACGGACCUGAAGACGAAGUUGCCCCACUGGACCUGCGAGAUCUGUCCCAACACGCGGCGCAAAUGCGACCUGUUUUGCCUGCACUGCACGAAGAAGAUCCCCCAGGGCGCCCCGCUAAAGGAGCGGCAGUGCGCGGAGUGCAAGGGGAACUUCCACCCGGCCUGUCUGGACCCAUACAAGCACUGCAAGAAGUGCCAGUUCAAGAUAUUACAAUGAAAACUGCCCCCAACGACCCAGAACUUGGAAGAAUUUGUAUUGCGAACCUUUCAUUCCAUGGAAGCAUAAGCAUUUCCCCCCUUCUUGCAGCUACCAGUAUCAAAAAUUUUCGAUGCUGGAUAGCUAAAAUUUGUGUUGCUAAAGAGCUCGACGACAGCCGAACGUGUUAUGCAGAGGGUUCCUUCCGCCUCCGCGAGCCGAGCGCGCCUAUAGUCCUGUCACGCAUAGACAAAGAGUUUCGCAUUUGAAAACCUUAUGCAUCCGAAACUAUUUCAUUUUCAACUUCCGGAGAGGGGGCACUGUUCAUCGUAAUACAAGAAGACCAAGGUGCUGCGGCUUUGGUGCGUGGAGUUUGCCAAGCGCAAUGGCAGCAACCGCUACCAGAUGUACGUGCACGGCAUUCUGAGCAAGACCGGCGGCCGGAUCAUCACGCGCGGGAUCGUCAGUUGCCAGUUCAAGAAGAACCAGCCCAAGACCCCGAAAGACGCGUGGCACGUGCGCGACAGUAAGAAUUUAUUUUUCCCGUGAGAAUGGUGCGAUAAUCCAUUAUGUCGAAGUCAUAAUUUUGAUUCAUUAGCCAUGGCGUCAUCGUGUUAGGGAUCAUACAUUCAACAGCGUUUCGUUUUGCAGGGCACUGACGACUACAUGCGAUUUUGGUCAAACGAUGCGCUUCAUGCAAUAUCAAAUUCUUAUUCUUCCUUACCCUAAUUUGCAUGUAUGAGAAUCUUCGCAACUUCUACGCCUGUCUGCAGGUGAAAACCAGUGGUACAUCCUGGACAUGUGUUUUCCGGAGCUGGUGACGCACCACCGACUGCACCCGCGGCUGGCGGACAGGCUGAAGCAGGGUGGCAAGAUGGAGGUAUCCAAGAAAAAACUGUUACAGUUUUUACACAUAUUUGUUGUAAACAACUUCCGCAUCACAAACUUGCUUGGCAUGACCGACAAAACUUGAUGUAAUGGAGAGAUGAUAAGGGAAAACACGUAUCAUGAAACUUCGCUCCUGUGCAUAAGUAUUUAUCCCGCAUGACAGAGCAAGUCUCUGUUGCUUGAUCUGCAGCGCAGUGUUUAUACUGUAACACUAUUUUCUUGCGAUAGGAGGAGUACUUCAAGCAGUGGUGGCGGGUGAACCCGAACGACCCGGACUACUCCGUUGUCCCCCCCGUGAAGCCGCGGCCCUGGGUGGAUCGGCGGCGGCAGUCGGUGUCCCUGUUCAAGGGUCAGGCGUCGUUUGAGGACGUUUCGUUCGCGCAGCAGGUCUGGACCUCGUUCGCCUCCCACAAACUCUUUCCCUACGAAUGCACGGGUAGUGACCACCUGAUCACCGGCGCUGCUGGUUCAUUUGCACCAGGGAUUUUCUGCCCGGACAAAAGCUUUUUCGCCGAGAAAAACGUGCAGCCCGGAGCACAAAGCACGGCUGCUUCAUCUGCGCCGGUGCAGAAGCAAAACCAAGCAUCUUCUUCUUCGCAGGCACCAGUUCUCCGCCAGUACUGUUUGUUCAGUGCGGGAAUCGAGUUGGGGUCGCGCUUCAAGGUGCAGUGGAACAAUCAGGAGAAGGUGUUGCUGGAAAUCACGAGUCUCAACCGGGAACGGAAACUUGGGAAGAGUGUCCGGUUUUGGUACAGGACCAAUAGAAGUCCUGCACCAUCAGCAUCCUCCUCCUCCUCGACCCAAAUGACCAGCAUUCUCUCGGCCGCCCUGGCGGACGACAGUGAGACGGAAAGAAGUACUAGAUGCGCUGACUGUACUAGUUCCAGCUGCUCUAGCUCUGAAGCAGGAGAAGGAGCUGCUUGCGGAUCGUCGUCGAUCUCACCUCUAAUUUCCGGGAAACUGUGGAACAGUGUGGACGAAUUCAUUGUGAAAGGAGCGGGAGCUGCUGCACAAACUGCGAGCUCGGAGGAAGCCACCAGUGCGCGCUUCGUUUUGAACUCGGCACUAUGGGUGAAGGUAUUGCAGAUCAAAACGGAGCAGAUGACUUCUUCAUCCACCUCGUCCGGAAAAAUCCAAAUCAACAGCAGUAGUAGCUCGAAUAAACUUUACCCUGCUCCGUCCCGCGACGUUCUUUUCCCCCUCAACCUGGACACGUGGACGAUGCUGAGCAACCAGCGGAGGAUAAAGAUGCUGGACCAGACCAAGCGGACGUUCGUGUGGACGAAGGAGCUGGACGAGUUGUUGUUGAAGCUGACCCUUCCGGAAUUGGUGGUGAAGCCGAGUUUCUCCUGGAAGCAGGUUUGCAACGAGGUGCUGCAGCGGGAGAGCGAGGCGAUGGAGGAAAAAGCCGGGGUAUCAAAUGCAAAAGUGUCUGGGUCUGGAAGAAUGCCAGAUUUGUCAUGCAGGUUUUCCAUGGCCCACGCACGCGGUCUGCAAUGCAGCACCUAGCAUGACAAAUUCUGUGAGAUCUCUAUCAUGCCUAUCCUGCACGAGAAAUUCCCUCUCAACUUGGUAAAAAAGGACGGCUGUUGGUAAUCAUGCAACACAGAUUUUUUGCAUGAUUCAGAUUUAGCAUGACAAGUUGCAACCUUCCAGACCCAGACCACACAUUUGCAUUUGAUACGGGGACACCGACUUCGAUUUCACCGCGACCGCGUUGCUGGAGGAGGCGGAGGUGAUCCAUCGCCAGAGCGAGCUGAUGAAGGCGCUGGACCAGCAGAGAAACCGGAACACCAAGGAGCAGUUGCAGCAGCAGCAGAAAAACUCGAAGCGCAAGCAGGAAGAGGAGAUCAUGUCGCUGGAGGCGCGGAAGGUCGAGAAGAUGGGGGACUGCGUGGCGAAGCAGCGGAAAGUGGAGUUGCUGAUGCGCCAGGACCAGAGGAGCCGGAAACGGUUCUUCGACCCGUUUAAAACCAUCCUGGAAGACAAGGAGUUGUCGAACGGCAGCAGCUCCGUUUUCAUCCCGAAAACCGACGGAGUGGCGUUCGGGAAGAGAAACCGAAGUAAAAUGAUACAAGCAGCAAAUCAUGCAGCUGGAGGUAGUGCUAGCAGCAGUAGUGGUAGUAAUUAUGGGGCGAUGACAAGGAAUCUUCAGGAAGUAGAUGGCAGCAACAGUGCGAAUUCUUUCCACACCGCCAACAGUUUUUCUUGCGGGGGUGGUCCUCGUGGGCAUCAUCUUCUACAUGGUGCGGGGGCCCACCACGACAACAACCAUGGGUCCGCUAGUAGUUCCUCCAGUAGUAGAUAUCGUCAGGAAAAAUCCCCCCUCCCCAUAUCGAAAAGGUAUCUUUCCGAAAAUUUGUGUUGCUGAUUUGAGUUCACAAAUCACAUUUGUCUUGCAAGAAGACAAGGGCAGAAGCUUCCGCCCCAUUGUGGAAGCGAUUUGUCAUGCUGCUGGGCCUAAACGUCAGCCGUUUGCAAUGCUGAGCAACUAGACCCAUACGCCCCUACCUAGCCCGGGGAUCUGGCCGCAAUGCCUUCCUGCAAUACAAAUCUGACUUGUGUACGCAAAUCCAGCAUCACAGAUUUCCUUUUCGAUAUGGGGUGGGGGCUUUUUUCACUUUGAUAAUAGAGGCGGAAUGAACACGGUGCCCGCUAGUAGUUCCAGUGUAAACCCAACGCCAACGCUGGCGCCGCAAGAGGAUGUCGUCAUGGAGGACGUGGAGGGAGAGGAUGUACGACGUCCUAUCGAGGCAAAAAGAAACGGCGAGGGCGACGAUGAUCUUCACGAAAGAAGAGGACUACAAGCAGCGGACGGCGACAAAGACGACGGAGUAGGACUACAACUAGACGAUCUCGGACGGAUACGUCUCAACAGUCGGGAACGCAUCAACUCCCAAGGGGUGAUUUCCACCUCCAGCAUCUGUUACUUCGACGAGGAGACGAACCGGGAGGCGCCGGACAGUGGGGGAAAGCCAAGGAAAUUGAUCAGCAGCAGUUUGAAGAGUUUGAAGAGGAGCAGUCGGAAGAAGGAGGAGCUGCUGUUUCUUGCGAGGGAGAAAAAUGACUCGCCUCCUUCGAAGGCGAAAGCAGACGGUUCGGAUCGUGAAAACCACAAUGAUAAAGCCGCUCCCAGAACGCCGCCCUCCAAAAGGAUAAGUGCCACCAGGCGAAAGAAGCAACAGGCACCGCAUGAUCCAGCGGGAAAAAACACCGCUCAGGAGGAAGAAGAUCCGGAGAUGCUGCGACUUAUUCAAGCGGAGCUAGACGGUCCGAGACCGGUCGAAACUCUGGCCAAGGAGUCAAUGACCCCGCCCUUGGUGUCCGACGUGCUCGAUAAGCAACUUGCCCGGUUCAACGAGUUCAACUUCCAGGAGGACACAGGGUCGGACUCGGAGACCUCGAACAAACAAAGCGACGAGGACCUCGGGUGGAACAGCCCCAACGCGGAGCGGCGGCACGAGAUGAAUGCGAAGUGGAAGCACGAUAUCCAGGAAAAAAACACCCAUCCCCAUCCAAUUUGUCAUGCCAACCAUGCAUAAGCUCCCUUGUUUGCCAUGCAAAAAAUGGAUGGGGAUGGGUGUUUUUUCCUGGAUACACGAGUACCUGAAGAACGAAGCCAAGAACAAGAAGGUGACGCUGAAGCGGGAGCGGCAGGAAAAGGCGGAGCGCGAGAGAAGGAAGGCGCGGCGGGAGGCCGAAAUGAAGGAUGUACCGGACGCGCGGGAGUACUACAAAAAGCUUGCCCGGGACCAGCGGAAGCGCCGGAAGCUGGAAAACCGACUACUCGACAACGAUGGCGCAGAUGAGCACCAUCACAUCACCGCGGCCGCCUUGGCGGCUGUUUCGGACGACGAGGACGAGGACGAAGCGGAAGAGGGGGGACAGGACGCAGAUGAUUUUGAGGACGUUAUGAGAGUGGACAUGUCGACGUCCCCCUUCUUCUUAUUGAUGUGAUUGUGAUCAUGGUCAUGCUCUUCUCAACUACAUAAGGUCAGCUUGCGAAGUGGAGCUUUAUUCGCAUGGCAAAUCCAAGCCAGCACUGCAGUGCAGUCUUUUCGGUAGUUGUCACGCAAAUGCGGGCAAAGUGCCGUUAUAGGAUUUAGCAUUUACCAUGACAAAUGGGAGGGGGAGCAGUAGUUGUACACUUUCAUAGACGUCUUCGCCUUUCUCGACGGCACCGACGAAAAUGGGCAGAAGUUGGAGGAUUGGUAG